AUGUGUUUACAAUGUUUCAUAUUCAAAAACAACCAAAAUCGUUGUAUACAAUGUGAAAAACUCCAGGAAGAUUGUGCUAAUUUAUCCAUACAAAAACCAAUCGAUGAUGAUUUCGAUGAUUUCGAUCAUAAUCAACUAUUCGACCAAUGGAAUGAACAAGAAUCAUAUACUGAACAAUCGAAUAUGGAUACGAUGAAUUCAGUAUACGAUGAGGAGACUGACGAAUGUGACGAUAGUGAUGAUGACAAUCUAAUUGAUACCACAAAACCGGCUUAUAAAGUACAAUGGUUGUCCAAUAUCAAAGAUGAUGCGGCGGAAUUCUCAAGUGAUCAUACGUAUCCGCAUACAAAAGCCAUGUUUGAAGUCUUCGAUAAUAUAUUCGGUUUAAGACAAUUUCGUUCAAAUCAACUGGAAGCUAUCAACGCCGCCUUACUAAAGCAUGAUUGUUUUGUUCUUAUGCCAACUGGUGGAGGAAAAUCGUUAUGUUACCAAUUACCAGCCGUCAUGGAUAAAGGUGUGACCUUUGUCAUCUCACCAUUACGUUCGCUGAUCUUUGAUCAGAAACAAAAGCUCAUAUCGUUAGGUAUCGAAUGUGGAGCGUUGACCAGUGAUGUAUCCCAGCGAGAAUCCGAUGAAGUCUACCGAGAAUUGUAUAAGCAUACACCGGGAUUGAAAAUUGUGUAUGUCACACCAGAAAAAAUUGCUAAAAGUGAUCAAUUGAUUCAAAUUUUAAACAAUUUAUACGAACGAAAAUUGCUAGCAAGAUUUGUCAUUGAUGAAUGUCAUUGUGUAUCCGAAUGGGGUCACGACUUUCGUCCCGACUAUGCAAAUCUUGGCCAAUUAAGACUGAAGUAUCCUGGUAUUAAUGUGAUUCUAUUAACAGCAACGGCUACACCACGUGUUCAAAAAGAUAUUUUACAACAAAUGAAAAUCGACAUUAAUCAAUGUAAAUUAUUCAUUCAAUCAUUUAACCGUUCGAAUCUUAUCUACGAGUGUGCAUUGAAAGGCACAACAGACACAGCUCUAAAAAAGAUUGCAAACUUAAUAAUUAGUCAUUAUUCAGAUAAAUGCGGAAUCGUUUAUUGUUUUUCACGUGCUGAAUGUGAUAAAACAGCGAAAUAUUUGGCUGCGUACAAAAUUAACGCGUUAUCGUAUCAUGCUGGAUUAACUGAUGCAAAACGGCAGCUAGUUCAGAACCAAUGGGCGAAUGAUGAUUGUCAAGUUAUUUGUGCAACCAUUGCCUUCGGUAUGGGUAUCGAUAAACCAAAUGUUCGUUUUGUGAUUCAUCUUUCCAUGCCAAAAUCAAUCGAAGGUUAUUACCAAGAAUCUGGUCGAGCUGGCCGUGACGGUGAAAUUUCCUAUUGUUAUCUAUUCUUUUGCUAUCAAGAUUUAGUAAAAAUGAAACGAUUGAUCUUAAACGACGACAGUCAAACAUCAACGAAAGAAGCGAAAAAAGUUCGUGUUGACAAUCUCAAUCGUGUUUAUGACUACUGUUUGAACAAUGUUACCUGUCGACGGACACAAUUACUCGAAUAUUUUGGCGAAUUAUUUCCAUCGAGUGAAUGCAAACGAAUGAAACGGACUGUCUGUGACAACUGUCGACAAGUAAUCAAAACCACUACAGUCAAUUGUACACAAAUGAGUGUGGAUAUCAUCAAACUAGUUUCGGAGUUUUCUCAUAAAAAUAUCACACUACCUUAUGCUUUGGAUAUCCUUCGUGGUGCAAAUACCAAAGGUAUUCGAGAUGCUGGACACAACAACCUAGCCGCUUAUAACGCUUGCAAUCAAUUGAGUAAAGUUGAUCUCGAACGUCUCAUUUGUCGAUUAAUUCUCGACGGUUAUCUCCUACAAGAGAUAGUGACACAUCAGCAGCAAUCAUUUGAAAGUGCAGCGGCUUAUUUACGUCUUGGUCCGAAAGCUCAUCUUGCUUUAUCAAAUCAGUCAAAUCGAUUCAUUAAUCCCAUUGAAUUAACAAUACGUACGGAACAAUCGAACAUAACCAAUGACGAAAAACGUAAACAACAAACGCCGAUUGAACAGUUGAAUGAACAAUGUUUGAAUGAAUUGAAGAAAGAAUUGAAAGCAAUUUUUGGACAAAGUUCACAUGCAAUGAUCGUUCCGGAACGCGCCAUCAAAGAAAUGGUGAAAUUGAUGCCGCGAACGAAAGAAGCAAUGAUUAAAAAUGUCAAUGAAAUUACCGAAGAACGUUACAAACGUUACGAACUUCAUCGUUUAUUAGCGAUUACUCAACGUUUUGGUGUUGAACUCGAUGAAAUUCAACGAAAAGAAGAAAUCGCUCGGCGAGCGUUAUCGAACACAGGUACAAGUAAACGAAAACUACCUGCGAGCGAUGAAGAAGACGAAGAAGAAGAUCUUGAUUUCUCGACCAAUCCCGAUGGUUUCAUCAAAAUUAAUAAGCACGGCAAGAAAGGAUAUGGACACUUCAAUCGAUUUGUCAAGGGUAAAAAGCGAUCAGCAGCGUUUUUUGCUCGACGAAAUGCCAUUGCAAAACGAAAACGUGGCGGGUUUUAA